AUGGUUCGAAUAAAGGAGCGAUAUCUGCUCGCCAACAUCAUUUACCCGCCCGACGCCAGGCAACCCACGGGUGCCAAGGUCCCCGAUGUCGUGCUCCGGCAUCAACCUACCGUAGAGAGGGUGACGCCGCAAACCUUGCUGAGGGCGAUAAGAGAUGAGGUUGGGCUUCUCUUUGGCGAUUUAGGACGGGGUGCGCUGGAAGGAACCCUAUCGGUGAAAUAUUUGUCCCUGGCCACGUCCACGUUUAUUUUGCGUUGCCGCAGAGCUCACUACCAGAUGGUCUGGUCGGCUUUGACGUGUAUGGACCGUGUUCCCGCCAAUGGUGGACGGCCGUGUAUUUUCCGCGUCGUGCGAGUGAGCGGGACUAUUCGCAAAGCGGAGGAAGAGGCGAUCCGCCAGGCACGACAACUUAUUCUCGCCGCCAAGGACCAAGCAUCUUUUGGGUCGCAAAUUUCCCAGUCUCUGCGGCUGCAGCAGGAUGAGUCUAUGCUGGAGGUUGUGGACCGUGACUCAGACUUUGACAACGCCGUGAAUGAGCAUGAAGGAUGA